UUGUACCGCUUCGAGCUUGACCACGUGGUAUGUCACAUGAUAGCUAUAAAGUCACAAUCGACAGCGAAGGAGGCGUAGAAGACAAAACAAGACUAUCACAAUGGCUGAGAUUCAACCAGAACCGAUACGCAACCCCGAAGUAAAGUUCACCCAGAUCUUCCUCAGUAAUGAGUUUGUGAACUCAGCAAGCGGAAAAACCUUUCCAACGUUCAACCCCGCUACUGGAGAGAAGAUCGCUGACGUCCAGGAAGGAGACAAGGCCGAUGUGAAUGCCGCAGUAGAAGCAGCUAAGACAGCCUUCAAGCCGGGGUCUGAAUGGCGCCGCAUGGAUGCAAGUCGUCGCGGCAAGCUGCUGUGGAAACUGGCUGACCUUAUUGAGAGGGACAUUGCAUACCUGGCUAGCUUGGAGACACUGGACAAUGGAAAGCCGUUCCAUGGGUCAGUGGGGGACAUCAUGUUCGGCAUCAAUGUGAUCCGGUACUAUGCUGGUUGGUCGGACAAGAUUCAGGGCAGGACCAUUCCAGUUGAUGGCGACUUCUUCUGCUACACUCGCCAUGAGCCAGUUGGGAUUUGUGGGCAGAUCAUUCCUUGGAACUACCCCAUCACCAUGUUCUGCUGGAAGAUAGCCCCCGCCCUCUGUGCCGGCAACGUCAUCGUCGUGAAGCCCGCAGAACAGACGCCCCUCACAGCACUGUACCUCGGGGCACUCUUCAAAGAAGCAGGGUUCCCAACGGGUGUCGUUGGUAUUGUCCCCGGGUAUGGACCUACAGCUGGUGCUGCCAUCUCCGAGCAUCCCGACAUCAACAAAGUGGCCUUCACAGGCUCAACAGAGAUUGGCCAGGUUAUCAUGGCUGCCGCGGCCGGCACGAACCUCAAAAGGACAACCCUGGAGCUGGGGGGAAAGAGUCCCAAUGUCAUCUUCGCUGACUCAAACUUGGACAAUGCCGUGGCCUGGGCGCAUGAGGCUGUGAUGACCAACAUGGGGCAGUGCUGCAUCGCGGGGUCCAGGACGUUUGUGCAGGAGGAGAUCUAUGAUGAGUUUGUGAAGCGCAGUGUGGAGGCAGCAAAACAACGAAGUGUUGGUGACCCCUAUGACCCAAACACCAAGAAUGGCCCUCAGAUUGAUGGUGACCAGCUGACGAAAAUCCUGGAGCUGAUCAAGAGCGGGAAGGACGAGGGAGCUACGUGUGAGAUUGGCGGGACCAGGCAUGGAGAGAAGGGGUUCUUCAUCGAGCCCACGGUCUUCUCCAAUGUCACAGACAGCAUGAGGAUAGCCAGGGAAGAGAUAUUUGGACCUGUUCAGCAAAUAAUCAAGUUCAAGACCUUGGAUGAGGUGCUGGAGCGAGCCAAUAACACGGCAUAUGGUCUGGGAGCAGCCAUUUUCACCAAUGACAUAAACAAGGCAUUGGCCUUCGCCGGUGGAAUCAAGGCUGGAACAGUGUGGGUCAACUGCUACCUAGCUGUCAAUGCUCAAGCCCCAUUUGGUGGAUUCAAGAUGUCCGGCCUUGGGCGAGAGAUGGGUGAAUAUGGCCUUCAACAGUACAUUGAAGUGAAAAAUGUGGUCAUCAAAGUCCCCCAGAAGAACUCCUAGGAUGCUGAUGCUGAUGCUGUAAAAGAUUAUUGCCUUUUAAAGAACUAAUGAUGAUCAGAAACCAGCUUCCUAUUGAUGACCAAUCAGCUGAUACCAAAUUUGUGUUAAAGGACAGGACAAUAUCCCUUGCCAUAUUGCCUGGCACAUACAGGUUACACCGACCGAUGACAGGACAUACCAGCAAUAUGUGACAACUGAUGUUACUGUAUCCAGAUCAGGAUGUCAGCUGUGGAACUAAUAACAUCUCAUUAAAGUUGCACAACCAAUUAUUGAACCUGGUUAAUCUAUCUACUUCCCCAAUUUACGUGGAAUUAAACAUACUAAUUACUUGUGUCUAGUCAGCCGUGGACGAGCCUGGUAACAUCCUGCACAGCUGCUUCGCCAUGGUUAUUGCUUGUUCAUGUGUCUUGUGAUUCAUUAAAUAUACUCACCAACAAAAGAUACGCAAAUACCAUACAUUUUGGUGAAUAUAGGAAUAUUACUCAUAUUCAAAAGAUAUUAUGUUGGUUCAAUGCACAAACGAACAUACUGGUAUGUUGUCUGAACUGACGCUCAUGAACGCAUCACAUGUGAUGUCAUAGUUUAAUGCACUUUUCUCUUGUGCAGAAUUAGCGUGUAAAGUUUGGAAAUCACAUGCAGCAUAUCGUGAUAAGAAUAAAGACAAUGUGGUAACACUUGACCGAUUGUUAGUUUUGUCAUUAAGUGGUACACACUGUAUACACGUCUUCUUAACGUACAAACGUCUCUAUGUGUAUCUAUAAUUUGCGUUUCUUUUGGAGGUGAGUAUAUGUUACUGGUACGACACCUGCAUGUUCUAAGUCAGGUAUUGUAUUUCCUCCAGUUACGACUGACCAAUGGCAGUGAUUGUUGUAUUCAAUGUGAUUCCAAGCCAGUUUUAGUGCUGAAAAUAUGGUGCUGUGAUCUACUUAGGAAAUUUUACUUAAUAUUUUAAUUACAGACAAUCAUUGUCCUAAUGGUGCAUAUUUGUAUAAAUGAUCAACAAAGCAAUCCAAUGAUGUUCAGUAUUGUUAUUGCUCAGGUUAUUGUGUGUCAUAUUGUUUUUAAUGCCAAUUCAAUCAACAUUUGAUCAAGUAUUUAGACUUGAGUUUGCAAACAGUUUGUUAGGAUUGUUGAAAAGUUAAUGAUAUGUUUUGUUUGAGAUUCCGAACACUUCUCAGCAUGAGCUUCUGUUAGUGUUUGGAACAAGAGUAGCUGUUGAAGUACUGGAUGCUCACGAAAACUAAAAAGUAGAGGCAGUAAGCCGUUUUACAUUCUUUAGUUCACAUAUACUGGUGAUUUUGUCAUGGGCCAUUAUAAGGCAUUAUUUAUUCAGUGUUGUGCUGUGUGAGAUGAGGGGAGUGGACAACAACAGUAUUAUAGGCAAGUGUGACUACUUGGUCUGAUAGUUUCUGCCUGUCUUUAGUUUGAAUACCGCCAUGGUUAGUAAAGCAUCUGCUUUUUUUAUUGAAACAAGAUUUUGCUAUUAUUUGAUCAGGUGGUGAUUUGCCCAAAGAUCUUUUCUUCUUUUGUUAUUUUUUUUUAUUUAUUUUUGAAAGUAAUAAAUCAGUCUGCUUU